AUGAUGCUCUAUAAAAAUGGCAGCCUCCAUAAGCAAUUGUAAUUGCGUCGUUUUCUGCACGAUAUUUUUACUUUUUUGUGGACGUAAUAACGUGUUCGCAGAUGAAAAUCGAUCCGAAGAUGACACCUUGUCUUCCUCACAAAUUUCCUGGGGUAGCAAACUGGUCACAAAGCUGUGGACGUCAGCCCCUUGCUGGUAUGGUGUGACAUUUGUGACAGGGGUUGCCACGCUACUUCUGGUGAUCAUUUGGUGGAACAGAAACGAAAAUGAAGACCAAAAUGUGCAUGUGCACAUGCCAGACGCUGCGCCAGCAAGGAGGCCAGCUGAGGGCAGGCACCAGUCACCAAGACCAGCUAUGGGUGGCAUCAGCCAGUCCAGAAAGAAACCAGUGGCGACAGGUGCUGCUGCAGCCAAUCAGAACGGAGACGUGACUGGCAGACACCAGGGAUUGACUUCCUCCCCAAAGCACAGGCUGAGGAUUUUGUACGGCACACAAACAGGAACUGCCAAGCAUUUCGCUGAAGACCUGGCCAAGCAAGUGGCCUCAACUGGUAAUGCUGCUGAGGUUGUCGACCUCAAGACCUUUGACCCAGAAAGUCAUAUUCUCCCAGAGACGGACGGACUAGUGACCUGUGUUCUCAUCGUGGCUACGUACUCAGAGGGCAAGCCCACAGAGAGUGCAGCCUGGUUCUGCCGUUGGCUGGAAGAGGCCACCACUGACUUCAGGGUUCACAAGUCACUCCUCCGAGGGCUGAAGUAUGCCGUGUUUGGGCUGGGCAAUUCACUCUACGAAGGCCAUUACAAUCAGGUUGCAAGGGAUGUGGACCGAUGGUUGAGCACCCUGAGUGCAUCUGCCAUUGUUGCACGAGGAGAGGGAGACCAGAACGUGGCUGAAAGCAAACACGGAGGCAUAGAGGCAGAUUUCGAAGCCUGGAAGACACUGCUUCUCCAAACUUUGGCCAGCAAUGCAAGUAUUUGUUGCUCCACAGAAAAGCAGACCUGCGAGUGUGGAAAAACAGAAGGAGGUUGUCGCCAGGCAACAGAAAAGGAAAGCAGGAACGCUGACAAGGAGGAAAUGUAUGACAGCUCCAGUGAGGAUGACAACUGUGAUGAUGACUUCAUUGAUGAUGGAAGUGGGGACGCAAAGAGCAAAAUCACACAGACAAAUGGGCUGACUGACUUGGAAGAUCUUGGGAAGGUCAUGAAGAAAAUGAAGAAGGCAAAGGAGUCCAAGGCUUCAGACAAAGCCUCGGAACCCAGAGAGAUGAUCACGCCAAUGCUGAGGCAGGCUCUAUCGAAACAAGGAUACAGGCUCAUAGGCAGUCACUCAGGAGUGAAGUUGUGUAGAUGGACAAAGAGCAUGCUGCGUGGUCGAGGAGGCUGCUACAAGCACACGUUCUACGGUAUCGAGAGCCAUCGCUGCAUGGAGACCACGCCCAGCCUAGCCUGUGCCAACAAGUGUGUCUUCUGCUGGAGACACCACACCAACCCGGUUGGCACAGAGUGGCGAUGGAAGAUGGACGAGCCCGAAGCCAUUCUGAAGGAUGCUCUGAAGAACCACUACCAACUCAUCAAACAGUUCAAAGGUGUACCAGGGGUGAAGCCAGAGCGCAUGGCCGAAGCCAUGAAUGUCCAACACUGUGCCUUGUCGUUGGUGGGCGAACCCAUCAUGUACCCAGAGAUUAACCGCUUCGCCAAGCUGCUGCACAGCCACAAGAUCUCCACGUUUCUUGUCACCAAUGCCCAGUUUCCGGAUGCAAUCAGGAGCAUGGUUCCAGUGACCCAGCUUUACGUGAGCGUCGAUGCCAGCACCAAGGAGAGCUUGAAGAAGAUUGACAGACCACUCUUCCGUGAUUUUUGGCCCCGAUUCCUCAGCAGUCUGGAGGCUCUCUCAGAGAAGGGGCAGAGGACAGUGUAUCGGUUGACCAUCGUCAACGGUUGGAAUAACGAAGAGAUAGAGGCCUAUGCCAACCUGGUCAGUAUCGGCAAACCGGACUUCAUUGAGGUCAAGGGGGUGACUUACUGCGGCGAGUCCAAGGCAAGCACGCUGACCAUGAAGAACAUCCCCUGGCACGAGGAGGUCGUGGGCUUUGUCCAGAAGCUAGUGGACCUGCUGCCCGACUACGCCAUCGCCAGUGAGCAUGAGCACUCAAACUGUGUACUUGCUGCGCACAAGAAGUUCAAGAAGGAUGACGAAUGGUGGACAUGGAUCAACUACUCCAGGUUCCAUGAGCUCAUCGCCGAGUACGAAGCCAGCGACGGGGAGAGGCGAUUCACGGCAGCUGAUUACAUGUCCAAGACCCCAGCCUGGGCAGUGUUUGGAUGCAAGGAGCAAGGCUUUGACCCCAGCGAGACCCGGUUCCGACGGAAGGGGAAAAACAAGGACAUUUCCGGCUGCUAAAUGCAACCAGAAAACCGAAGACAGGGUGCCACAACAAGUAAACUACGUUUGGGCGACGAGUGAUCUGAUGGAUCUGAGCACUGUACAUGAACAUAUGCUGGCUGCAGCAAACUGGCCAUUUACGCUUGGGAUUAAGGACCCCAGAGUGGCAGUUCAGGGGUCCUGGAUGUGAACCAGCUUAAUUGAAAUUUUGUUUGCUGGUGGGCAUAAAUCUUUGUGGAAGAGUGUUAUCAUCCGGCCAGAGCAGGCUGAGAAUGUUGACCACCAUUCCUCUGAAAUGCUUCAUUUAGCAUGCAUGCCAAGUAGAUUGCUACCCAGUUCAUAAAUGACAGCUUCAUACAUAUGCAUGAUCUGUAGUGCGAUUGAUAAUACGCCACCUUAGUGCUACUGUUGGUUCCAGUGGUUUCAGUGCCACACUAUGUAAGUAGGCAUGGUUCACAUAACAACGUCACACUUGGGAACUGCGUCGUGGACUUGGUGAGUGAACAAGACACCAUGUUGUGUGCCAGUGAGGUCCCCUUGGGGGCAAACACGCCACAUGUACGGUAUGGAGUGGUUUGCAUGUACGCACCCCAUGAUGGCUGAAAAAUUACAACAUUUGACUACCGAUGCACGUCCAUUUUACAUUCUUUGAAACGGCAGGAUCUUGAGGUGAAGUAAUUGCUGAAUCACUCAGUCGAUGUCAUAACCUGUACAGUAAUAGUUCCAUUUAUGUUGGUAUUUAAUUUUUGUGUAAUGGGAAGUUGGCCAGGAUCGUUUUACAUAUGUAAUGAAUAAUGCAAGUAUGAAUAAUGCAAGUAAUGUGAAAACUAAUCAUUUGGUUUUGUGGUUUUAUGGAAGGGUUCAGCUGGCAGGAUCUUGGCUAAAAAUGCCUGUUGAGUUUCAAUAGGUAUUAAUGUGGAGCUUGUUGAAUCAUUUGUUGGACUGGCAUGCUGUGUUGGAAAAGAGGGAGGAUAAAAUCCACCUAUUAGUGCACAGGAGUAGCUCCAAGGGAAGAACUGACCAGAAGAGAGUCUCUUAUUAGCAUUUGUUUAAUUAAUGCCCCAACCACCCUAGUUUGCCAGAAUGCUGUGCCUUGUUUUUCAACAUUGUACUGUAAAGCCCCUGUGUUUUAAAUGGGCCUCUGUGCUCGGAGCUGUUUACAGAGAGAGCUGGGACAAGAGCGUCUCCCUUGCUGGAACCAAAAUGGUGGAUUAUACCUCAGUGCACAUGGAUAAUAUGUACACAAUAGAUACAUGUACCUGCUGUACCACAUACAUAAUGAACAGCCAUUUUGGUUCCCAAGUCUGAAGUUGGCACUAUUCUCUCUUUAUACAGAGUGUGUCAGUGUGGCAAAUUCAACAAAAUUCCAACUGAUAAUGACUGUGGAGGUGGUUGUGACAACUUUUGCCCUUUCUUUCUGUAAAAAUGUGAUCUGCCUUUUUCUGUUUCAAAAAACUAUCCAUUUAAUAGCAUUGUAAAAAAUACUACAAAAGCAUUUGAUUACAAGUCGUGGAUAUCUCAACCAUUUUAAAAACCACACCAAAGAGUGUCUCUACCUGAGUCCAAUGAUUUCAGAAAAAGGUUCAAAACUUUUUCCAAGUUCAUCAACUUUCAUUUUAAGUGAGCAGGCAAAGAAUGAAGCGGUCACACAAUGAUAGAGCCAAUGAUUUUCUGCGAUCGUGGAAAACGGACGGAAUUCGCAGAAUCAACACUUUGAAACAGAAUCCACUGCUUGAAACACAACUCGCAAAAUUUCCCACUAAGAAUGGCUUAAACAGUGAAGAAAACUGUCCGCAAAGUGCUACAAACAAAUGCCAACCAAAACCUUUUAAAAUGAAUGAAUUAUGCUGGAAACAUGCUGAAUUGCACCACUCCACCACAUGAGUGGGUCCUCCCGUGCCUGUACUGAUAGCUGCAAGCACUAUGGCUUAUGUGAGCCCAAGCGUGCCGCGGCAGCCAGCACAGCACAGCGCAGUGGCACGGUAUGGCACACACAUUGGAAUUCAGUCUGUGAAUCCACAUUGAUGCCUUGAAACAAGGCCAGUACCACAUGGCGAAAUGAUGAAACUGCGGCAGCGAAACGGAAGACUAAUUACAUAUUUCUUGAAUUAGACGAAACCUAGUAAGCUAGGUGUACCAUGGCUGAAUGGGCCGUUGGAAGUGUUCAGUGAAGAGUAAAGUUUUCAGUCACAAACACGUUUUCCGGCUCAGGUUUAAUGUUAACUUUCUGAAUUUUGUCGCACCACUGCCAAAUAAAAUAGCGGGUUGAUGUCCAGCAUUAACACAUUGCGAUCAAUGCUUGUUGCAUGCACGACGUACUCUAUGACUUCACUGUAUAUUUACAUGUAUUUAAAUGUAAUCUGAUUUUAUACAAAGGGCUCAGGAGUAACACAUGAAUUGUCGAUUAAUCGUAGCAAGUUUUAACGGUCGUGCUGAUGAAAAAUCAAGGGGGAUUCCGUAUUUGUGUGGAUUUUUUAAAAUUUUCACAACAUAUAAUUGUUUUUAAAAAUUGGAAACUUUGCAGAGUAUUUUCAAACAAUAUUUGUUUCUUUUCCUUCCUUUUUUCUUUGGGGGAGUAUGGUUGGGCAGAUAGUUACCAUGCAUAGUUUAAAACUUGCUCGACUAUUUCGUGCUUACUAUUAUGAAACAAAAUUUGAAUUUCUGAAGCAUAAUUCGGGAUUUGGCAAAACAGAAAAUACCCAUUUUUGAAAUGGAAAAUCAUUGGCUCUACAAUGAGAAUCUGCCAUCUGCCUUGGAAAACCACUGCCUCUGUGAAGAGGUGUUGCAAUGAAAUAAAAAGUGAAGAUAAAUGGGAGCUAUUUAUAAAUAUA